AUGGAUACUGAGAGCAUGCUUUUGGAUAUGGCCGAGAAGAGAGUGGUUAGUAAUACCAUGAAUAAUCAGAGCUUGGCUAUGACGCGGAAUGGCCCGGGUUUGUUGGCUCAGGGUCGUGUCGUAAUUCCGGGUAAAUAUACGGCUAAUCAAGAGGCGUUUUUCCAAAGUCGAGGACGAAUAGGAGCAAGCGGAGAUCGAUCAAAGACAGUCGAAAUAUAUCAUACUGGAAAUUCUAUUCAGGAGUUUAAGGAAUUAGCAAUGGGUAUGGCUGCGCUGUUAGUGAAUCAGGAGUAUGGAAGCUCGUUGGCCAAUGCGGAAGCUCUAAUACCCGUAGCCGACUUUGUUUGUCUCGUCUUUGCUUGUUUACCGGGUUCGAUUCGAGGUAGCUUUGAAACGACUAGGAUCUCUUCCAAGGUAGCUGAUCAAUGGUUUAGGGAGUAUCGCAAACUGACAUCAAAUAUCAUAAGCCAAAAAGAGAUUACUCGAUGUAAAAAUAUCGCAACCUCAGCGGCCCAAAGGAACCCCUUGCACACUGGAUAUUUUACCCGGGGUCUACCUGGAUGGAAUGGAGGGAAAGGUGGUAUACCAUUUAGUUUGUUUACUCGUCUGACCGAGAAUAUAAUCCCGUGUAGCUCCGUGGAGCGAGAGAAAGGUGUGCCCAUAUCCGAUAAUUAUAAGAGACGAAAGCAAACCCGUCAAGAAGUACAACAAGAGAAACGAGUGAAUGAUAAGAAGUCGAAAGUAUUCAACAGUAAGAAACCAUUUACAGAUAUAAAGAAUAGACUUGGACAUCUUGCUGAUAUAUUCGGGCCUAAAACGAGCGGUGGUGGAGGUAGAAUAUCAAAGAAGAGUACCGUAGCUCAGCAGAUAGAUGAACUUCAGAAUGAUUGGAUGCUGAUCAAAGCAUUUGGUUUAGAUGAAGCUCAGCACUCUGCUGUGAAACUAGGUGAAGCCGGAACCCGUUUUGAAACAACUCUACAAAUGGGCAUAGCAGGCAUGUGGAUAAUGACAAUGUGUAUUAGGGUGAUGAAAGCAAUGGAAAGAUCGCCUAUUUUGAACCCUUCUGGAGUAUCAAUCGGCAGAACACGAGCGCGAAUAGAUUACCAUGUCCAGGAAACCAUCGAGGAAGGCACUGAUAUUGAAAUGGCUUACAUAACUUCUACAGUCUUGUACAAUAUGAGUAAGCAGCUUGAACCAUUCUUGGAUUAUUUCGCUACUGUGUGUGCUAAGACCAAUGAAGACUACGAAAGCUUCGCCGACCUUAUUAAGAAAUCACAGGUACAAAAAUCUUAUCCUUGGCUAAGAUAUCUCACUGUCGUUAAGGCAUUAUCCAACCCGUCCUGCCCGGAUAUUCAUACUGUCAAGAUUGCUCACAAUCUUAUCACCGGCGACCUUGAAGUAGACCUUCGAGAAUUACAGAUUACAAAUCUUCACGGGCUCGACGAACUACGGAAGACCUGGGAACCAGACACGGAUAAAUACACUAUUAGACUUGACCGUAUACCUGAACACGGACAGCCGCUUGAAUCUUAUAUACAAGAAGUUGUCGGUCAAGCAAAACGUAUCAUGACUGGAUCACGAACCGACCUGAAAAAGACGGGAAAGAAGGGGACGGGAAAGAAGGGAUGA